CUCACAAUGGUGCUCCUACCAUAAACACAUUGCCCACAAUGCAGUCCGGAAUAACAGCCUCCGAAGAACUGCAACAUGCCUUCCGCACCCUCGUCUCCUCCGACGACCAACGCGCCCUCCUCGCAACCAUAGACCACGAGUCCAUCCUCCCCACGCAAUCCAUCUCCCUCACAAGCACCGACUUCACCGCCGACCUGCACCAAUUGCAAUCCCACAUCUCCCCAACCGCAGCAACCUACAUCCUCCUCAAAACCCACGCCGGCGAACCCGAUGGCUACGCCGCCAUUACUUACGUCCCCAAUGCCGCGCCCGUACGGCAGAAGAUGCUCUUCGCCAGCACGCGGCUGACGCUCGUGCGCGAGUUGGGCAUUGAGCGGUUCAGGCAGACGAUCUUUGCUACGGACAAGGAUGAGCUGACGGCGGAGGGCUGGGCGAAGCAUGAGGCGCAUGUGUCGCUUGAUGCUCCGCUGACGGAGGAGGAGAGCGGGUUGAAAGGUGUGAAGGAGGCGGAGGCACUGGAGUCGCAGGGCACGACGGGGCGAAGAGGGCAUGUCAGUAGCAAGAUCGAUAUUCCCACCGGGGAGGGUGUGGUCGAAGCACUUCGAACGCUUGGGGAAGAAGGAAGCAAAGGCACACUCGUGCAGCUGAAAUACGCCCUUCCGGACGAGACGUUGCGCCUGCAUUCCUCCCGCAACAACAUCGAGCCCGCGGACGUGGGGAAGACGAUCAGUGCCGACGAACCGCGCUACUCCUUCUACUCUUACCCCUCAUCCUCCGGGGACCCGAGCAUCGUCUUCAUCUACACCUGUCCUUCCAGCUCGAAAGUGAAGGAGCGCAUGGUCUACAGCACCGGCAAGAGAACUACGCGCAUCGUGGCAGAGCGCGAUGCGGGUUUGACUGUUGCCAAGUCGUUGGAGGCUACGGAGCCGAGUGAGCUGGCGGUGGAGGAUCUGAGUGGUGGUGCUGCUGCUGCUAAUGGCGAGGGUGCGGUGGAGAGUAAGGCGGCGGGAAGUGGGUUUGCGAGACCCAAGAGGCCGGGCAGGCGGUGAUGGUUUGUUGGUCGCUCACCAUGCUAUCGAAAAAUCUAUUUUUUUGCUCAUAUGGUAUGACUCACGGCACCUCACGUAGUAUCAUUGUUGCAAAUAGCAAAGAUAUGAAGCGAUUGCGCGUGUUGCACUGACCUAGUGGUCGGUUGUGAAGCACGAGGCUGUCGCCGGUCGAC